AAUCAGACGGGCCUCUGCGGCCGCCGUAGUUGAAACUCCUCGGCGCCGGAAGCCCCGCCGCCCCGCUUCCUGGUUCACGUGCGACCUUCGUUGUCUCUCUACCUCGAACUUGGCUUCGCGCAUGCAUCUGCCGAAGUCUUUCUAGAUCUAAUCGGCCCCAUCUCUCGUCUUCCCGAUUCGGCCAUGACCUCACCCGUAUCCUCGACGUAGGACCUCGGACUUCAUUUCCGCCACCCCGACACUUCCGGAAUCCCCGGAAGCGACCCGUUGCCAUGGCGACUGUGUACACAGCCUGGCAGCCCCGCGUGGGGAGUGCAGGUGGCUUCGGUUGUGGCCUUCGCGUCCCGGGAGCGUCGCUGCCUGGUGAACGCUAGAAUGGGUACUAGGAAAAAAGUUCACGCAUUUGUCCGUGUCAAACCCACCGAUGACUUUGCUCAUGAAAUGAUCAGAUACGGAGAUGACAAAAGAAGCAUCGAUAUUCACUUAAAAAAAGACAUUCGGAGAGGAGUUGUCAAUAACCAACAGACAGACUGGUCAUUCAAGUUGGAUGGAGUUCUUCACGAUGCCUCCCAGGACUUGGUUUAUGAGACAGUUGCAAAGGAUGUGGUUUCUCAGGCCCUCAAUGGCUAUAAUGGCACCAUCAUGUGUUAUGGGCAGACGGGAGCUGGCAAGACAUACACCAUGACGGGGGCAACUGAGAAUUACAAGCACCGGGGGAUCCUCCCUCGUGCCCUGCAGCAGGUUUUCAGGAUGAUCGAAGAACGCCCCACACAUGCCAUCACUGUGCGUGUUUCCUACUUGGAAAUCUAUAAUGAGAGCCUGUUUGAUCUCCUGUCCACUCUGCCCUAUGUUGGACCAUCAAUCACACCAAUGACCAUCGUGGAAAACCCUCAAGGAGUCUUCAUUAAGGGCUUGUCAGUUCACCUCACAAGUCAGGAGGAGGAUGCAUUCAGCCUCCUUUUUGAGGGUGAGACCAACAGGAUUAUAGCCUCCCACACUAUGAGCAAAAACUCUUCUAGAUCACACUGCAUUUUCACCAUCUACUUGGAGGCCCAUUCCCGGACCUUAUCAGAGGAAAAGUACAUCACUUCCAAAAUUAACUUGGUGGAUCUGGCAGGCUCAGAGAGGCUGGGGAAGUCUGGGUCUGAGGGCCGAGUCCUGAAAGAAGCCACCUACAUCAACAAAUCGCUGUCAUUCCUGGAGCAGGCCAUCAUUGCCCUCGGGGACCAGAAGCGGGACCACAUCCCCUUUCGGCAGUGCAAGCUCACCCACGCUCUGAAGGACUCGUUAGGGGGAAACUGCAAUAUGGUCCUCGUGACAAACAUCUAUGGAGAAGCUGCCCAGUUAGAAGAAACGCUAUCUUCUCUGAGAUUUGCCAGCAGGAUGAAGCUAGUCACCACUGAGCCUGCCAUCAAUGAAAAGUAUGAUGCUGAGAGAAUGGUCAAGAACCUGGAGAAGGAACUAGCACUGCUCAAGCAGGAGCUGGCCAUCCAUGACAGCCUGACCAACCGCACCUUUGUGACCUAUGAACCCAUGGAUGAAAUCCAGAUUGCUGAGAUCAACUCCCAGGUGCGGAGGUACCUAGAGGGGACGCUGGACGAGAUCGAUAUAAUCAACCUUAGACAGAUCAAGGAGGUGUUCAACCAGUUCCGGGUGGUUCUGAGCCAACAGGAACAGGAAGUGGAGUCCACUUUGCGCAGGAAGUACACCCUCAUUGACAGGAAUGACUUUGCAGCCAUUUCUGCCAUCCAGAAGGCGGGGCUUGUGGAUGUUGAUGGCCACCUAGUGGGUGAGCCUGAAAGACAAAACUUUGGACUCGGAGUCGCCCCUUUGUCUACCAAACCUGGGAAGAAAGCCAAGUCCAAGAAGACGUUCAAAGAGCCCCUUAGCUCCUUGGCAAGAAAGGAAGGUGCCAGCAGCCCUGUGAAUGGGAAGGACUUGGAUUACGUUUCCACCUCCAAGACCCAGCUGGUCCCAUCCUCCAAAGAUGGGGAUGUCAAAGACAUGCUUUCGCGGGACCGGGAAACUUCCAGCAUUGAGCCCCUUCCCUCAGACUCCCCGAAGGAGGAAUUACGCCCAAUUAGGCCCGACACCCCACCCUCCAAACCAGUGGCCUUUGAGGAGUUUAAGAACGAGCGAGGUAGUGAGAUCAACCGAAUUUUCAAAGAAAACAAAUCCAUCUUGAAUGAACGGAGGAAAAGGGCCAGCGAGACCACGCAGCGCAUCAAUGCCAUCAAGCGGGAGAUUGAUGUGACCAAGGAGGCCCUGGAUUUCCAGAAGUCACUGCGGGAGAAGCAAGGCGAGUAUGAAAACAAGGGGCUGAUGAUCAUCGAUGAGGAGGAAUUCCUGCUAAUCCUGAAGCUCAAAGACCUCAAGAAGCAGUACCGCAGCGAGUACCAGGACCUGCGUGACCUCAGGGCUGAGAUCCAGUAUUGCCAGCACCUAGUGGAUCAGUGUCGCCACCGCCUGCUCAUGGAAUUUGACAUCUGGUACAAUGAGUCCUUUGUCAUCCCUGAGGACAUGCAGAUGGCAUUGAAGCCAGGCGGCACCAUCCGGCCAGGCAUGGUCCCUGUGAACAGGAUUGUGUCUCUGGGAGAAGAUGACCAGGACAAAUUCAGCCAGCUGCAGCAGAGGGUGCUUCCUGAGGGCCCUGAUUCCAUCUCCUUCUACAAUGCCAAAGUCAAGACAGAGCAGAAGCAUAAUUACUUGAAAACCAUGAUGGGUCUCCAGCAGGCACAUAGAAAAUAGAACCACAUCGCCGUACCUUAAAGGACAAGACCAGCAACUCUAACCUACUGUAGUGGAGCUGCUCAACCACCUGCCUAGAGCUGCAGCCCCUCUACUCCAAGGCUGGGACCCAGGACAGAGAACACAUAUGGCCUGCAUGCUGGGAGGAGUAUCCUCCAAGGACAACCUUGCUCCUCUUCACAGAGCACUUUGGGUUUUAAUUCACUGUCUUACAUGCAGGGACAGGAUAAAAUAACUUUCUAGUUUAGACUUU